GUAACAAGUAAAUGUAAAGCUUGGACUGACUGCUAUCAAUCUCAAUCGACAGCUACAGUAAUAGAAAUAAUUUAUUAUAUAGUGCUUUGCAUUUGUUUAAUGGCUGAUAUCUUUAUGAAGUAUUUAAAUUAUACUUAAAAACACAAAAAACUGAGUAUAAACGAGUUCAGUCACUUUAUGCUAAUUGUUCUAGAAUGUACACUCAUGACUUUAAUUUGUCUAAUUUUUCACAUGCAGUCAGGAAUAAACUGCAGAAAGCCACUCAUUCAUGAUAUGCUUAUGUUGGGUAACAUGACUGUGGAAAGGGAGUGACUAAAUAGUCUGCACUAUUCAGCCCAGCAUCAUAUACUACACGUAGCCAAGAGGUAAGCAUCAAUUUUCCACUUUUUGAAUUAUUUUUUUUUCCCCCAAUAUAUUACAAUAUUGCUUUUCAAUUUAUAAUGACAUAACUGUUCCUAAUGUGCUGAAAUACUCUUCAAUUGAUGUAUGUCUUGUAUGACUUAUAGUUGACUUCAUUACCUAAACAUUUCAGGUCUGAAGACAAUGGCAUGUUUUGUGGUUAUGUUACCCCUUCUCUUGGCACUAGUGAAAGCCCAGGUACCUCACUGGGGGCCAUGUACUGAACCUGCCACUCAGCCAGCAUUCAACCUGAAACAGUUCAUGGGGAGGUGGUUUGAGAUUGCCAAAUUACCUGCCCGGUUUGAGAAAGGAAGAUGUAUUGAGAGCAACUUUACCUUAAAGGUUGAUGGAACAGCUCAGGUGGUGAGCUCUGAAAUUCUAAAAGGUGAACUAAGGAAAAUUGGAGGGACUGUUAUUGCUGAAGAGCCAAAGAAUCCAGCUAAACUUGGCAUCAUCUUUUCACACGUUCUCCCAUACGCAACAUACUGGAUCCUGUCCACAGACUAUGUGAAUUCUGCUCUCGUGUAUUCAUGUAUUGAUGUCCUGCGGCUGUUUCAUGUCGACUUUGCCUGGAUUCUGAGCCGUACCCGCUCUCUGCCUGCGUCUGCCAUCACCCAAGCAAGAGAGGUUUUUACCAGUAACAACAUUGACGUCAGCCACAUGGUCCUCAGCAGUCAGCAGGGUUGUGACAAAGACAUGGACAUUAACCCAAAGGCCAUUAAGCCCAAGGCCACCACGAUGUUCCUGUGAAGCGUUUGGUCUAGUACAACGAACGAUUCCAAUCUGAAAACACCGCAACAAAGCCUGCUAGAAGAACCAGCAAUGCUAAAGGACAGCUGAGAAGUACAGCAUGUGUUCAUUAUCUAGGUUUACCUGUUAAAGUGAUCACUCUGAAAUUACUGCAGUACAAUUACAAAAGCCAGCCAUUUUUGGCUUUGCAGCACUGAAUCAUAAUGAAUAUGCACUAAACAUUAAAAAUG